UAUGUCAGUGAUGAUGUUUUCUGACUGUUGCGGUAAUGAGAUUUUUUAGGACUAAUUUUUUAAAUUAUGUUACAAAAUGUGUUAAAUGAUAAGUACAAGUUUUUAAAUUAAUGUUCCCAUUUACUCCAGACUUUGUUUUUCAAUGUCUGGUGGGAAAAAAAGUAAAUUUAAGCAAUUUUUACAUUUUCAUGCUUGACAUUUUUAAAACCAAGUUUUCGUGAGAAUCACCCACAUAUCAGAUUUAAUAUAACACACUCAGUGUUUGUGUAAGAAUAGGUAAACAUGCUUUGCAUCUCUGUAAUUUAAAAGUCAUAGCUUUAGGUCAGUUCAUUUCCAGAAAGCCAUCUUUUAAUGAUCAAGGUAAUUUCUUGUCUUUUGUCAUAGAAAUGUAAUGAACCAUCAAUAGAUCAAUGUAAAGCCCAUCAAGGGCCUUCAGUUUAGUCGCUUCAUUGGAAACAAAAGUUGAAUUUUUCCUGAUUCACAGAACUCUGAGCUGUUAAGAGUUCUGGUGAAAAAAGCAUUUUGUGCAUUUAACAUUAAAUAAUUUAGCCUUUGUGAAUGUGUUUGAUUGUGAUGUGUUUGUAUGUUAUUGAUUGGUUUCAGAGUGCUGAAGCAGACAGUUGACCGGUUCACAUUCACACAGGGUUUUAGCCACGUGAGGUCAGUUUGUCGAUGUUCCCAUUAUAGGGUAACUAGGGGACAACCCUAUCAGAGAUUUGCAGUGCGUUUAAAUGGCAACAGCUUUUGGAUUAUGUACCACAUGAAGCUGAGUCUGUAACAGACGGGUAAUCCAGCAAGAAGAAACAAAAUGCAACACUUCCAUGACUUGAAGUCCAGUCUGUGGAAUUCUGAGCAGAUACAGUGCAGUGCUAUAAACCGUUUCCCAUCACUAAACAUCCAUCUAGCCGGACGUUCCAAUCACACCGCACCGACCAACAACAUUGAGCUUGUUAAUCCAAAGGUCAAAGAACGCACACAGAAUGUCACAGAAAAAGUCACACAGGUACUGUAUGAUACCUGGAGCAUCCCGAUCUAUGAUCAGAGUAAAGGUGCUUUCUUUAGGUGCAGAUGUUUUGCCCGAGUAUAAGCUCCAAGCUCCAGACAUUCAUAAGUGGAUCAUGUUGCAUUACAGUCCCUUUAAAGCCAUGUGGGAUUGGAUCAUUCUUCUGUUAGUGCUCUACACAGCCAUCUUCACACCGUAUUCAGCCGCCUUUCUCCUAAAUGAGCUGGAGGAGGAGAGGAGACCACCCUGCGGUUACACCUGUAACCCUUUAAAUUUAGUAGACGUGAUAGUGGACGUUCUGUUCAUCAUAGACAUUGUGAUUAAUUUCAGAACGACGUACGUAAAUCACAAUGAUGAAGUCGUAACUCAGCCCAAGCGUAUCGCUGUCCACUAUCUGAAAGGUUGGUUUCUCAUUGACAUUGUGGCCGCUGUUCCCUUUGAUCUGCUCAUCUUCAGGUCUGGAUCAGAUGAGACGACAGCCACUCUCAUUGGCUUGCUAAAGACGGCCCGGCUGCUGCGAUUGGUCCGCGUGGCCAGAAAAUUGGAUCGAUACUCUGAGUACGGAGCUGCAGUUUUAUUCUUGCUCAUGUGUACCUUUGUGCUUAUCGCUCAUUGGCUGGCUUGUAUCUGGUAUGCCAUUGGUCACGUGGAGAGGCCUUACAUGAAGACCGGUUGGCUGGAUAAUUUGGCCGAUCAGCUGGGAAAGCACUAUAAUGACAGUGAUGCCAGCUCAGGACCCUCAACUCAGGAUAAAUACAUCACUGCGCUCUAUUUCACCUUCAGUAGUCUUACCAGUGUCGGCUUUGGGAACGUUUCACCAAACACCAACUCUGAAAAGAUCUUCUCCAUCUGCGUCAUGCUCAUUGGCUCCCUGAUGUAUGCCAGCAUAUUUGGGAAUGUGUCGGCAAUAAUCCAGCGGCUUUAUUCAGGAACAGCCCGCUAUCACACGCAGAUGCUGCGAGUCAAAGAGUUCAUCCGCUUCCACCAGAUACCUGGAGAUCUGCGACAGAAACUGGAGGAAUAUUUCCAGCGCGCCUGGUCUUACACCAAUGGCAUUGAUAUGAAUGCAGUCAUGAGAGGUUUUCCUGAAUGUUUGCAAGCUGACAUUUGCCUGCAUCUCAACCGCAGUUUACUGCAGAACUGCAAAGUGUUUCGUGGGGCAAGUAAAGCGUGCCUUAGAGCUCUGGCCACGCGCUUUAAAACCACCCAUUCCCCACCCGGAGACACCCUCUAUCAUCACGGUGAUAUGAUCAAAGCCCUCCACUUCAUCUCACGCGGAACCAUUCAGGUGUCACGUCAUAACAUUGUGCUCGCCAUACUGGGAAAGAAUGAUGUAUUUGGCGAGCCAAUUAAUCUGUACUCGGAUCCUGGUCAUUGCAACGCUGAUGUUACCGCACUCACCUACUGUGACCUUCACCGUAUACAAAGAGACGACCUACUGGAGGUCCUGGAUAUGUAUCCAGCCUUUGGCGAGAGGUUCUGGAGAAACCUCCAGAUCACCUUUAACCUUAGAGAUUCAGAACAGAUGAUGCCCAGUGAAAACUCAGCCUGUGGUUACCAUGCGAACCGCAUACGACACCGCAAAAACUUGCAGGACAGACGCAACGGACCAGAUGGAAUGGAUCAGUAUGACUCAUCUAGGAUGUACUCAUCUGAGAUCAGUUCGAUACUUGUUAAUCAUCAUUUACCAGUCAAUCACAUAGACUGGGAGGAGUCAUACAGCUGUGGCAGCUCCAAUUCACAGUCCAGUGAAAACCUCGACAAAGCAGAACAUCUGGACUCUCCUUCUCCUGCUGUUAGACUGAUACCACCAAGUGGUGCUUCAGGGAUCAGCACAGAAUCCGGCAUGGAAAGGGAACAUUUGGCUCCUUCUGCGUCUGGAUUGUUUCAUUUCUGGCCUGAUCAUCAGUCAGCUUCAUACGCUGAAGAGUCUCGGCGUGUCUCUUCUGUCCCAGUUUCAUUCCUAACACCACCAUUUGCAGAUCAACAUGGUGAGGUUGAGUCCAGACUGGAGCUCCUGCAGAGCCAGCUUAACAGGCUUGAGACAAGAAUGAUCACAGACAUCAGUGUGAUUCUUCAGCUUCUUCAGCGACAGAUUGCUUCUGUUCCUCCAGCGUAUAGCACUGUACUGCCUGACACCCGCACUCCUGACCCAACCACACUGUAUACAAACAGUGCGCCCAUACUUAACACCAUAUACCCUACCCCAAAUAUUCAACUGGACAGUAAAACCAUUCAGAGUCCGAUCCAGCAAGAUUCCAUAUUCAAGUCAAACUCUCAAGGAUCUCUGUCCAGUGGUAUUCAAAUGGGUGCGGCAUCAGAUGACUGUGUUCCUGCUAAACUAGAAACAAAACCUAUUACAGUCCCAAUUCUUCAGCCCGGUUUGAUUGAUGCACCACAAUUCUGUGCACCCCUUCGAUUAUUUCCCUCUCUGCCUGGCAGCCUAAACCUCUUGCGCCCGGGAGAAAUUCAAAAACACAUGUCUGAUCCUGCUUUACCAGUCAGCUGAAAGCUACAAACAAACCAUUUACAAGCCUCCGACUCUCACUUGGGUGUCUUUAAGUGCUGUGUACUUACAUACAAUAAAACCAUUUAAUACAUUGUGUUUAUUAUGUACAUAUGUGUUGUCCUGGGUACUGUAGAUUUAGGUUUAGGCCUUAGGGAUUAAAAGUGUAAUUACAUGCAAAUACAGGUGUAAGUACGAUUGAAUUUACCAACACAUAUGUACACAAUAGUCACACAGUGCAAUAGUACACACCUACUAUAAAGUGGGACCAGUAUCUGUUUUACAGCAAGAACAGCAGACCAAUGGCCAGACAUCUUAGUGCUUCUUUGCAUCCAUUUUAGUGAUCUAGAAACCCCAAAUGCACUGAAGACAUCUUAACCUGAAGAUGUACAUUACAUUUCGACUACAAAUAUGACGCACUUUCAAUAAAGAUUAAUGUUUCUACGGGUGAAAUGCUCCUUUAAAACUGCAUGUCAUUGCAUGUGGACAUCAACAAAUUAUUCUGUAAGUCAGAUGCUCAAAAAGAGUCAAAAUGAUAAAACUUAGCAAAGACUCUAUAGAGCUGAUCUCAUUCACUUCUGCACAUCAACCUUCAGGACAUUUAAUACUUGUUUAAUGUCUGGUGAGAAUGAUGUAUGUGCUGUAUUCACAAAGUAUGUCAGUAUACUUGCAUUUUUUGUAUACAAAAAACUGUUCAGUGUUUUUGUGGUCACGACUAAAAGGUACCGUCUAUUGAGAAAAUUACUUGGAAGUAUUCACUAUAAAGUAUUCAAAAUUAAUAAAGGUGUG